UUGAAGCAGUUGCUUCAACCAGCAUGCAACCUGCGACAUGUCAAUGUCUCUACCGUCUAUUUCACGCGUAUGAGCCUUAAGCAACGGAAGUCGAUAGCAUUGAGGAAUUGAAUAUUUCGCGUCCGUCGCCGCAAGCAUGCAUCGGCGCCUUUACCUGCUACUGAUUCUGGUGCGGCUCUAUUUUGCGCUGCAGCCCAGUUAUCUCCACCCUGAUGAGAAUUUCCAAGGUCCUGAAGUCAUUGCUGGCUCUGUCUUUUCCUACCCCGUCCAUCUAACAUGGGAAUUUACGUCGGCGCAUCCCGUCCGCAGCAUCUUCCCGCUAUGGCCCGUCUACGGCCUGCCUAUGCUCCUCCUGCGCUCCGUCUGGCCUGGGACCGGCCAGGAGGAAGUCGCGCCGUCGGUCGUCUUUUGGACGCUGCGAGUGCUCAUGUUUAUACUCAGCUUUGUGCUAGAAGACUGGGCCAUCCAUGAACUUGUCCCAUCACCGAGGCGGCGACGCGCCGCCAUCCUGCUCGUUGCAUCAUCCUACGUCACCUGGACUUUCCAAACGCACACCUUUUCCAACUCGAUCGAGACACUCCUUGUGGCAUGGUGCCUGGUAGUUAUCCAGCGUAUUGUAGACGACAAGCAUCGCUCGUCAAUAUUUGCGUCUAGCUUGCUUGGGGUAUUGAUUCCUCUCGGCGUCUUUAAUCGCAUCACAUUUCCCGCCUAUCUCCUAAUACCGGGGUUGCGUCUAUUGCCCCACUUUAUGCGACAGCCCUUUUCGCUCUUUGCGAUACUCUUUUUUGGAAUAGCAACCACUGGCCUAGCCAUCAUCACCGAUACAGUCUACUACACCGAAUCCGCAGUCACGCUGUCGACACUCUUCCGCAAUCCAGUAAUCACUCCCUGGAACAACCUACGCUACAACUUUGACCCCUCCAAUCUCGCCGAACACGGUCUUCACCCCUACUACCAGCAUGUUCUGGCGAACCUACCUCAGCUUCUCGGGCCGGCAUUCCUCCUGCUGCUCUCGCCAAUCCCUACUCUCCGUCUCGCAUCUGCCGUAUCUGGCAUCCUCGUUCUCUCCCUAUUCCAGCAUCAAGAAGCCCGCUUCCUUCUUCCCGCCAUUCCCUUGAUCCUCUCCUCUGUCCAAUUACCCCGCCGAUACCCGCGCGCUUGGAUCACAAGCUGGAUUGCUUUCAAUGCCUUUCUUGGCAUCCUGAUGGGAACUUACCAUCAAGGCGGCAUCGUGCCGACCCAACUCUUCCUCGCAAACCAACCAGAUGCCACAAAUGCAUUGUGGUGGAAAACCUACAGCCCACCACUCUGGUUACUCAAUGGCAAAAAUUUCGAGCUUACCACGCGCGACAUGAUGGGCGCAGCACCAGAAGCUCUCGCUGCAGAACUCAGCAAGCUAACGCCCUGCGACUGUGACUCUGUCUUUGCGAACCAAAACUCAUCUUCACGUUCAUCUCCCGCUUACGUCUCUAAUGGCCACUUACACUCUGAUUCCGCGGGAACAUACCUCAUUGCACCAUUCAGCGCAACCUUUCUCGAUCAGUAUUCGUUAUCAAAUACUUUAUCCCCGCAGUCGGCCUUACCACCGUCUUCCUCAUCAGCAUCAUCAUCUCCAUCGUCAUCUUCCGAUCCGGUUGAGAUCACAGUCCGUUUCCUCAACACAAACGGCUACUACUCUGCGCAGCCACCCACAUUAUCCUCCUCAGACGACAAGGACACCGAUUCUUCGUCUUCAUCAUCCUCCUCGCCGCAAGCAGACCAUUUCCGUCUCACCCGCGUGUGGCUCUACAGGAACCACCUCAAUCUAGACGAUCUCGAUUUCGCCAGCGACGGAAUCUGGCCUACGCUCCGCCGUGUCGUGGGCCGUCGGGGUCUUGCCGCGUGGCGCGUCACGCGCGAGUGCCACCCGAUAUAAUAUUCUAUAGUAUUAAUCUAGCAAAUGUCUUAUUCCAGCAAAUUGCAUAGCCGUUUGUCAUUUCUUUUAUGCCAUCUCUUUUUUGUCUCUUUUUUUUUUUCUCACCUACCGUUCUUUUAAUUUACAUUUCUUCCUAAUUUUUCUAAACUUUUCUCCUCCCCUACGACAUUUUGGGCGGUUCAUAUUUAUAUACCUGCAGCACUGUCUCUCUUCUCCUUCUCCCCUUCUUCUUCUUUUUCCCUCCCUUUUUCUUUUCUUUCUCCAAAGUUUCCAGCUAGUU